AUGACAGGCCCCAGCACCACCACCAGCACCACCACCAUUACAUUGGGGAACACCAGCGACACAAGCAUUCCCUUAGAAGACACCAAACUCUCCACUGCCACCUCUCGGCCUACAAUGCUUUCUUUUACAAACUCAGAAACCACUCCUCUGAACACCAAGACGACUAGUCCACUGUUGCACUCAGUGCCAAGUGGAACACCAACAGGAAAUGAGAGCACCACACUGUCGCAGCACACCUCAACUGGCAGUGUUACGGUGGCCACCACAGAGCACUCCACGGAGUCUGGACUGACAUCCCCUGUGACUGCACAAUCAAGCUCUUCUGCAUUGCCUCCAACCACAUCUUCAUCCACGUCUCCUGCUCCAACAUCAUCUUUGAACACCACACACACCACUUCAACUCAAGAGACCACAUUGACCACAGAAAUGCUGAUGUCCACUACUUUGUCAGCGGCUGGGACGACCUCCAAACGGGCUCCCACCCCUUCUCCCCUGCCUCCGAAGAUGCCAAGCUCUAGCACACCCUCCAUUAGCAGCCCCGCCUGGCAGACUAGCGCGACAUUCCAAACAGAAUCAGGCACCAGCAUGACAACCCCAAACACCACCACCACCACCACCAGCACCGUCACCUCAGAAAACACCAGCGGCACAACCAGUCCCUCAAAAGCUUCCAAGAUAUCCACUGCUGACUCUAAGCCCACGACCCUACUUGCAACCUCGGAAACCACUCCUCUGACCACCAGACCGACUGACCCAAUAUCAGAAUCUGUUACAAGUGGAAAGAGCACAGCAAAUGAGAGCAGUCCCUCAACCAGUCCCUCAGAAGCUUCCAAGAUAUCCACUGCCACCUCUAAGCCCAUGACACUACUUGCUACAAGCUCAAAACCUACUCCUCUGACCACCAGAAUGACUAACCCACUGUCAGAAUCUGUUACAAGUGGAAAACACACAGCAAAUGAGAGCACCACACUGUCGCAGUCCACUCCAGCUCUCACUGUUACAAUGGCCACCACAGAGCACUCCACGGGGUCUGGACUUACGUCCCCUGUGACUGCACAAUCAAGCUCUUCUGCACUGCCUCCAACCACAUUUUCAUCCACGUCUCCUGCUCCAACACCAUCUUUGGACACUACACACACCACUUUAACUCAAGAGACCACGUUGACCACAGCAAUGCUGAUGUCCACUACUUUGUCAGCGGCUGGUACGACCUCCAAACGGGCUCCCACCCCUUCUCCCCUGCCUCCGACGAUUGCAAGCUCAAGCACACCCUCCAUUAGCAGCCCCGCCUGGCAGACUAGCGCAACAUUCGAAACAGAAUCAGGCACCAGCAUGACAACCCCAACCACCACCAGCAGCAGCAGCAGCACCGUCACCUCGGAAAAUACCGGCGGCACAACCAGUCCCUCAGAAGCUUCCAAGAUAUCCACUGCCGACUCUAAGCCAACGACCCUACUUGCAACCUCGGAAACCACUCCUCUGACCACCAGACCGACUGACCCACUGUCAGAAUCUGUUACAAAUGGAAAAACCACAGCAAAUGAGAGCAGUCCCUCAACCAGUCCCUCAGAAGCUUCCAAGAUAUCCACUGCCACCUCUAAGCCCAUGACCCUACUUGCUACAAGUUCAAAACCCACUCCUCUGACCACCAGAAUGACUGACCCACUAUCAAAAUCUGUUACAAGUGGAAAACAAAGAGCAAAUGAGAGCACCACACUGUCGCAGUCCACUCCAGCUGUCAGUGUUACAAUGGCUACCACCGAGCACUCCACGGGGUCUGGACUGACGUCCCCUGUGACUGCACAAUCAAGCUCUUCUGCAUUGCCUCCAACGACAUCUUCAUCCACGUCUCCUGCUCCAACAUCAUCUUCGGAUACUACACACACCACUUCAACUCAAGAGACCACGUUGACCACAGCAACGCUGAUGUCCACUACUUUGUCAGCGGCUGGUACGACCUCCAAACGGGCUCCCACCCCUUCUCCCCUGCCUCCGACGAUUGCAAGCUCAAGCACACCCUCCAUUAGCAGCCCUGCCUGGCAGACUAGCGCAACAUUCCAAACAGAAUCAGGCACCAGCAUGACAACCCCAACCACAAGCAGCAGCAGCAGCAGCAGCAGCACGGUCACCUCAGAAAACACCGGCGGCACAACCAGUCCCUCAGAAGCUUCCAAGAUAUCCACUGCCGACUCUAAGCCCACGCCCCUACUUGCAACCUUGGAAAACACUCCUCUGACCACCAGAAUGACUGACCCACUGUCAGAAUCUGUUACAAGUGGAAAAAGCACAGCAAAUGAGAGCAGUCCCUCAACCAGUCCCUCAGAAGCUUCCAAGAUAUCCACUGCCGACUCUAAGCCCACGACCCUACUUGCUACAACCUCGAAACCCACUCCUCUGACCACCAGAACGACUGACCCACUGUCAGAAUCUGUUACAAGUGGAAAAACCACAGCAAAUGAGAGCACCACACUGUCACAGUCCACUCCAGCUCUCACUGUUACAAUGGCCAUAAUAGAGCACUCCACUGGGUCUGGACCGACAUCCGCUGUGACUGCACAUUCGAGCUCUUCUGCAUUGCCUCAAACCACAUCUUCGUCUACAUCUCCUGCUCCAACACCAUCUUUGGACACCACACAUGCCACUUCAACUCAAGAGACCACGGUGACCGCAACAACGCUGAUGUCCACCACUCCGUCCAUGACCGGUACAGCCUCCAAACCUGCUCCCAGCCCUUCUCCCUUGCCGAAAACGAUGGCAAGCUCUAGCAAACCCUCCAUUAUCAGCACUGCCUCGCACACCACUGCAAAAUCCCAAAUGGAAUCAGACACCAGCAUGACAAGCCCCACCACCACCAUCACCAACUCCACCACCACCUUCACCUUGGGGAAUACUGGUGGCACAAGCAGUCCCUCAGAAGCCACCAGGCUUUCUACUGCCUCCUCUGGGCCCACGACGCUCUCUUCAACAACCUCGGAAACCACUCCUCUGACCACCAGAACGACUGACACACUGUCAGACUCUGUUACAAGUGGAAAAACGGCAGCAAAUGAGAGCACCACACUGUCGCACUCCACUCCAGCUGUCAGUGUUACAAUGGCCACCACAGAGCACUCCAUGGGGUCUGGACCGAAGUCCGAUGUGACUGCACAAUCAAGCUCUUCUGCAUUGCCUCCAACGACAUCUUCAUCCACGUCUCCUGCUCCAACAUCAUCUUCGAACACCACACACACCAUUUCAACUCAAGAGACCACAUUGACCACAGCAACGCUGAUGUCCACUACUUUGUCAGUGGCUGGUACGACCUCCAACCGGGCUCCCACCCCUUCUCCCCUGGCUCCGACGAUGGCAAGCUCAAGCACACCCUCUAUUAGCAGCCACGCCUGGCUUACUAGCGCGACAUUCCAAACAGAAUCAGGCACCAGCAUGACAACCCCAACCACCACCAGCAGCAGCAGCAGCACCGUCACCUCGGAAAAUACCGGCGGCACAACCAGUCCCUCAGAAGCUUCCAAGAUAUCCACUGCCGACUCUAAGCCCACGACCCUACUUGCAACCUCGGAAACCACUCCUCUGACCACCAGACCGACUGACCCACUGUCAGAAUCUGUUACAAAUGGAAAAACCACAGCAAAUGAGAGCAGUCCCUCAACCAGUCCCUCAGAAGCUUCCAAGAUAUCCACUGCCACCUCUAAGCCCAUGACCCUACUUGCUACAAGUUCAAAACCCACUCCUCUGACCACCAGAAUGACUGACCCACUAUCAAAAUCUGUUACAAGUGGAAAACAAAGAGCAAAUGAGAGCACCACACUGUCGCAGUCCACUCCAGCUGUCAGUGUUACAAUGGCUACCACCGAGCACUCCACGGGGUCUGGACUGACGUCCCCUGUGACUGCACAAUCAAGCUCUUCUGCAUUGCCUCCAACGACAUCUUCAUCCACGUCUCUUGCUCCAACAUCAUCUUCGGAUACUACACACACCACUUCAACUCAAGAGACCACGUUGACCACAGCAACGCUGAUGUCCACUACUUUGUCAGCGGCUGGUACGACCUCCAAACGGGCUCCCACCCCUUCUCCCCUGCCUCCGACGAUUGCAAGCUCAAGCACACCCUCCAUUAGCAGCCCUGCCUGGCAGACUAGCGCAACAUUCCAAACAGAAUCAGGCACCAGCAUGACAACCCCAACCACAAGCAGCAGCAGCAGCAGCAGCAGCACGGUCACCUCAGAAAACACCGGCGGCACAACCAGUCCCUCAGAAGCUUCCAAGAUAUCCACUGCCGACUCUAAGCCCACGCCCCUACUUGCAACCUUGGAAAACACUCCUCUGACCACCAGAAUGACUGACCCACUGUCAGAAUCUGUUACAAGUGGAAAAAGCACAGCAAAUGAGAGCAGUCCCUCAACCAGUCCCUCAGAAGCUUCCAAGAUAUCCACUGCCGACUCUAAGCCAAGGACCCUACUUGCUACAACCUCGAAACCCACUCCUCUGACAACCAGAACGACUGACCCACUGUCAGAAUCUGUUACAAGUGGAAAAACCACAGCAAAUGAGAGCACCACACUGUCACAGUCCACUCCAGCUCUCACUGUUACAAUGGCCAUAACAGAGCACUCCACGGGGUCUGGACCAACAUCCGCUGUGACUGCACAAUCGAGCUCUUCUGCAUUGCCUCAAACCACAUCUUCGUCUACGUCUCCUGCUCCAACACCAUCUUCGGACACCACACAUGCCACUUCAACUCAAGAGACCACGGUGACCGCAACAACGCUGAUGUCCACCAUUCCGUCCUGGACCGGUACAGCCUCCAAACCUGCUCCCAGCCCUUCUCCCUUGCCAAAAACGAUGGCAAGCUCUAGCAAACCCUCCAUAAUCAGCACUGCCUCGCACACCACUGCGAAAUCCCAAAUGGAAUCAGAUACCAGCAUGACAAGCCCCACCACCACCAUCACCAACUCCACCACCACCUUCACCUUGGGGAAUACUGGUGGCACAAGCAGUCCCUCAGAAGCCACCAGGCUUUCUACUGCCUCCUCUGGGCCCACGAUGCUCUCUUCAACAACCUCAGAAACCACUCCUCUGACCACCAGAACGACUGACACACUGUCAGACUCUGUUACAAGUGGAAAAACGGCAUCAAAUGAGAGCACCAUACUGUCGCACUCCACUCCAGCUAUCAGUGUUACAAUGGCCACCACAGACCACUCCAUGGGGUCUGAAAUGACGUCCGCUGUGACUGCACAAUCAAGCUCUUCUGCAUUGCCUCCAACCACAUCUUCGUCUACGUCUCCUGUUCCAACAUCAUCUUCGAACACCACACACACCACUUCAACUCAAGAGACCACAUUGACCACAGCAACGCUGAUGUCCACUACUUUGUCAGCGGCUGGUACGACCUCCAAACGGGCUCCCACCAUUUCUCCCCUGGCUCCGACGAUGGCAAGCUCAAGCACACCCUCCAUUAGCAGCCCUGCCUGGCAGACUAGCGCGACAUUCCAAACAGAAUCAGGCACCAGCAUGACAACCCCAACCACCACCAGCAGCAGCAGCAGCACCAUCACCUCGGAAAAUACCGCUGGCACAACCAGUCCCUCAGAAGCUUCCAAGAUAUCCACUGCCGACUCUAAGCCCACGACCUUACUUGCAACCUCGGAAACCACAUCUCUGACCACCAGACCGACUGACCCACUGUCAGAAUCUGUUACAAGUGGAAAAACCACAGCAAAUGAGAACAGUCCCUCAACCAGUCCCUCAGAAGCUUCCAAGAUAUCCACUGCCACCUCUAAGCCCAUGACACUACUUGCUACAAUCUCAAAACCCACUCCUCUGACCACCAGAAAGACUGACCCACUGUCAGAAUCUGUUACAAGUGGAAAACCCACAGCAAAUGAGAGCACCACACUGUCGCAGUCCACUCCAGCUGUCAGUGUUACAAUGGCCACCACAGAGGACUCCACGGGGUCUAGACUAAUAUCCCCUGUGACUGUACAAUCAAGCUCUUCUGCAUUGCCUCCAACGACAUCUUCAUCCACGUCUCCUGCUACAACAUCAUCUUUGGACACUAUACACACCACUUCAACUCAAGAGACCACGUUGACCACAGCAACGCUGAUGUCCACUACUUUGUCAGUGGCUGGUACGACCUCCAAACGGGCUCCCACCCCUUCUCCCCUGCCUCCGACGAUGGCAAGCUCAAGCACACCCUCCAUUAACAGCCCUGCCUGGCAGACUAGCGCGAUAUUCCAAACAGAAUCAGGCACCAGCAUGACAACCCCAACCACCAGCAGCAUAAGCAGCAGCAGCACCGUCACCUCGGAAAACACCGGCGGCAUAACCAGUCCCUCAGAAGCUUCCAAGAUAUCCACUGCCAACUCUAAGCCCACGACCCUACUUGCAACCUUGGAAAACACUCCUCUGACCACCAGAACGACUGACCCACUGUCAGAGUCUGUUACAAGUGGAAAAACCACUGCAAAUGAGAGCAGUCCCUCAACCAGUUCCUCAGAAGCUUCCAAGAUAUCCACUGCCGACUCUAAGCCAAGGACCCUACUUGCUACAACCUCGAAACCCACUCCUCUGACCACCAGAACGACUGACCCACUCUCAGAAUCUGUUACAAGUGGAAAAACCACAGCUAAUGAGAGCACCACACUGUCACAGUCCACUCCAGCUCUCACUGUUACAAUGGCCAUAACAGAGCACUCCACGGGGUCUGAACCGACAUCCGCUGUGACUGCACAAUCGAGCUCUUCUGCAUUGCCUCAAACCACAUCUUCGUCUACGUUUCCUGCUCCAACACCAUCUUCGGACACCACACAUGCCACUUCAACUCAAGAGAUCACGGUGACCGCAACAACGCUGAUGUCCACCACUUUGUCCACGACUGGUACAGCCUCCAAACCUACUCCCAUCUCUUCUCCCUUGCCGAAAACAACGGCAAGCUCUAGCAAACCCUCCAUUAUCAGCACUGCCUCACACACCACUGCAUCAUCCCAAACGGAAUCAGACACCAGCAUGACAAGCCCCACCACCACCAAAAACAACACCACCACCUUCACCUUGGGGAAUACUGGCGGCACAAGCAGUCCCUCAGAAGCCACCAGGCUUUCUACUGCCUCCUCUGGGCCCACGACGCUCUCUUCUACAACCUCGGAAACCACUCCUCGGACCACCAGAACGACUGACACACUGUCAGAAUCUGUUACAAGUGGAAAAACGGCAGCCAAUGAGAGCACCACACUGUCGCACUCCACUCCAGCUGUCAGUGUUACAAUGGCCACCACAGAGCACUCCAUGGGGUCUGGACCGACGUCCGAUGUGACUGCACAAUCAAGCUUUUCUGCAUUGCCUCCAACCACAUCUUUGUCCACGUCUCCUGUUCCAACAUCAUCUUCGAACACCACACACACCACUUCAACUCAAGAGACCACAUUGACCACAGCAACGCUGAUGUCCACUACUUUGUCAGCGGCUGGUACGACCUCCAAAUGGGCUCCCACCCCUUCUCCCCUGGCUCCGACGAUGGCAAGCUCAAGCACACCCUCCAUUAGCAGCCCUGCCUGGCAGACUAGCGCGACAUUCCAAACAGAAUCAGGCACCAGCAUGACAACCCCAACCACCACCACCACCACCACCAGCACCGUCACCUCGGAAAAUACCGGUGGCACAACCAGUCCCUCAGAAGCUUCCAAGGUAUCCACUGCCGACUCUAAGCCCACGAUCCUGCUUGCAACCUCGGAAACCACUCCUCUGACCACCAGAACGACUGACCCACUGUCAGAAUCUGUUACAGGUGGAAAAACCACAGCAAAUGAGAGCACCACACUGUCACAGUCCACUCCAGCUCUCACUGUUACAAUGGCCAUAACAGAGCACUCCACGGGGUCAGGACCGACAUCAGCUGUGACUGCACAAUCGAGCUCUUCUGCAUUGUCUCAAACCACAUCUUCGUCUACGUCUCCUGCUCUAACACCAUCUUUGGACACCACACAUGCCACUUCAUCUCAAGAGACCACGGUGACCGCAACAAUGCUGAUGUCCACCACUCCAUCCAUGACCGGUACAGCCUCCAAACCUGCUCCCAGCCCUUCUCCCUUGCCGAAAACGAUGGCAAGCUCUAGCAAACCCUCCAUUAUCAGCACUGCCUCGCACCCCACUGCGACAUCCCAAAUGGAAUCAGACAUCAGCAUGACAGGCCCCACCACCACCAUCACCAACUCCACCACCACCUUCACCUUGGGGAAUACUGGUGGCACAAGCAGUCCCUCAGAAGCCACCAGGCUUUCUACUGCCUCCUCUGGGCCUACGACGCUCUCUUCUACAACCUCGGAAACCACUCCUCUUAUCACCAGAACAACUGAACCUCUGUCGGAAUCUAGCACUCCACAGGGUCUGGACCGACGUCCACUCUGA